AUGCAGACUGUUCUUCCCUACACGUUAAACCCGCAACGUAUGACGGGGUGUGAAAAGAUGAAGAUUCUCAAUCCCCAUACGGCUGCUGUGACUGGACCAAUGGUUAUGGUGCGGGAUCCUAAUCUCGUUAAUGGUGGAUUACUGCACAACUGGGAUGCUAACGCCGCUUCUACACUCACAAUGUCUUCAAAAACAGUCCACACAUGGGAUCUCUCAUGGACAGAAAAAGAGGAAUACUGGGAAAAAAACGUUGGUCGUUGUACAGGACCUGAAGAAGUGGAAGAUCUUCUUCCUGCCAAGUGGAUUGGAUACAAUGUGAACAGUGAUGUGGAUGAGACACUGGCGUUGGUGUGUAAACUUUGUACAGCUCUCGUUGAUAAAUUUGUAUCCUUAUCACAUGGUGACAACGCCAAUGUCUCAACAGCAAAGUGGCGUCAACGGCAAACGCUUUACGAUCGUCUUGGGGCUGUUAUGGAACUUUUAGAAGCUUCUAUUGGAGAAGCCAUUCCUAUUCUGCGUCUGCGUGAUCCCGAGUUUGUGCGUGAAUGCUGGGGUCAACUACAAGAUGAGGAAAGAAUGGAGAUUAUGUCUGCAUUAAGCAAUGCUGAGAAGAAGGACCAUUCUCGUUGA